AUGGCUUCAGUCCACGAACACUCUGAAGCCGCCCCCGAAUUCUCUCCCUUUCCAGAGGGCAUUGAUUCAUCGGCAAUGCGGGCGAUGACAGGAUUCUCCAAUCAUAACGCAGAGCCUGUCGACAUUGGCCAUCCUACUCGCACUCACCCUAACGACAACAACGCUAGGUGGCUCUGGAUCGCCUUCCGCCGUCAGUCGGGCAAGUAUGCUGAAUUCCUCCGCAACGCUAGCAUGGAUAUCCUUAGAACACAAUGGUGGGACGAAGAUGCACACUCCCCAGAUGCAGAACGUCUAUUCGGUCUGCUCGUAGACAGAGGGGGCAAAUGCUCCAUCUGUGGAUCUGAAGACGGCAUCGCUUGCCUAAAGCGACACUUUGCAUACAAUCAGCAGUGA